AUGCGGUACGGCGUCCGUCCCGAGAACGUGAUCAUCUACGGGCAGAGCAUUGGCACGGUGCCCUCGGUGGACCUCGCCUCUCGCUACGAGAGUGCCGCAGUCAUCCUCCACUCCCCGCUCACUUCUGGCAUGAGAGUGGCUUUCCCUGACACCAAGAAGACCUACUGUUUUGACGCCUUUCCAAACAUCGACAAGAUUUCCAAGGUGACGUCGCCAGUCCUCUUGAUCCACGGUACCGAGGACGAGGUCAUCGACUUCUCCCACGGGCUGGCGCUGUACGAACGCUGCCAGCACCCAGUGGAGCCCCUCUGGGUGGAGGGCGCCGGACACAAUGACAUAGAGCUCUACGGACAGUACCUGGAGAGGCUCAAACAGUUUGUUGCACACGAGCUGGUCAACUUAUAGAGCCGCUUGAAAUAAGAGAAGCAGGAAAGAAACCUGCAGUUUUACAGACGGCCUGAGUUAUCGUUUCUGAAUUAUUAAACGGGGAAUCGGUGUCUGUCUGUCUUCAACUGACUUGGUGGCGACUCUCUUCACUUAGUCGAGACGCUCCCCCCCCCCCACUCCCCUCGUUUGGCUUUCCACAGGAUUACCCUGAUCCUUUUUUCCCCACUAGAAACCUCACCUCCACAUAAAUCCUUAUUUUUUGCUUUUAGAUCUGCUUAUGUUGGACACUGCAGUUUGCGACUGUGAUAGAAGGGCGAAGAAGACAUGUGCAAGGACAAUAUUGGAGUUAAUACAGUAAUUACAAAAUAAUUAAGUGUCAUAUUCUGUUCCUGCCUUAUAAGAGAAGGUUUGUGGUUCUUAAUGGACACUUGCAUUCCAGGAAAUGGCCUUUCUACAGACUAAUUAGUCUAAAUCGACUGAACUCCAUAUUAUCCUACUCACUGCGUCUGAUUAUUGGUUCCAUCUCCUCCGAGGACUCCCGUUUGUGUUUUAUUUUUCUUUUUUUUUCUUUUUACAGAACAUGUCAGUUUUGCACAUAUUGUCACUUAAGAGUUGAACUAGACAAACUUUAACACUUCACCCAUCUGUGCCAGUUUUGCCAAAUGUUUUAAUACGUUUCAGAACCCUGUGUAAAUAACAAAGAGUGCAACUUGCCGUCAUCUCCGUGUCUCUGUAAAAUGUAAAUGGUACAGCUUGAUUAUAAAUCCUUUAAGUUAAGACAGUGAUCAGCAGUGAAAGGGUUUGGUUAAAUGCUUGAGAGUUGGUUCUUUCCAGCCACUUGAAAGGUUGUAACUUUUUAGUUUGAUUUGAAGUAUUGUUGAUUUAAGACACCCAUCCUCACACUGCUGGACAUAAUAGUUGUCAGAUCAUGCUGGGCACAUCUGUGGACAAAAAUCUGACCUUUUGGUAAUAAUGAUUCACCAGUAUAUAGAAAAAACAAUUAUGAAUCCCAGUUUUGUGCAAUUUCUGCCUCUGGGUUGUAAUGUAUCGAAAACAACAAAUAAUAAUGAUAUGUCUACUUUAUGUAACUGGGUUAGAUUAGUGUAUCUUUUUUUUCCUAAUACACACAGAAACGAAACUACUGUGACAGCUGCUGUCAGUUCUAGUCGACCACUAUUGCUGUUCAGGAUGAAUUAGGAUCACUGCUAGUCUUUGUAUGUUUUUCAGUUUCAGGAAGUGGCUAAAAAUAUUACAAUGGGUUAUUUGGGGUCGAAGUAUUAUCAUCUUCCUCCAGCAUAUUUACACUGGACAAUUUUUACUCCACACAUGGUUCUCGAGUCUCCACUGUACUGAAACAAUGAGCUAUUUCAAAGUGAUUAGCUCUGCAUCCAGGGACUCAGUCAUGGCCAAAAUGUUUGUGUCAAUUUAAUCUUUCUUCACCAUAACGUUUUCUGAAAUCAUUGUUUUCCUUUUGCUCUUUUGCGAGAGCCAAAAUAGAGCUCCCGUCUUGCCGUCAAACCCUUAAAAUGAAAAUGUCAAAGUGCUGCUGUGUGCCAUGGACAGCGUUUACUUUUUUUUUUUGUACUUUUUCGUUUUGUCUUUUUUGGCAUGCAAGCAUUCAAUUGCAAAAUACUUUUUUCCCCUUCUGGUUAUUUUAAGUCUUUGGACACUUGAAUUGUUUGUUUGUUUGUUUGUUUGUUUGUUUGUUUUUUUGUUGCAGUUAACAAUAAGCCAAUCGGUGCUACUGUAAAACCUUCAGGUCUGACCGGCUGCCUGCUAAAAGAGCAGAAGCAACUAGCCUUUUGUCAGAUUGACCAAGAUCCUUGCCAGGAUUGGGGAACCUCCUCUUUUUACGCGCUCAUGUGUUUUUUUUUUUUUAUUGUAUUUUUAUUUUUGAUCU